AUGUGUGAAUGUGAUCCACACUUGACCGAGUUGCAAACAGUAGCCUACCGCAAUGGCCAACACACAGCCUGCAAGCCUCUUAUUUUCCAGCAAUCAGUGUGUUGUAAUCAAUCACUUACGGAAACAGGGUCCUCGCGUAUAAAUAGAUCUGAAUACGGCUUCGAACCAUGUACGGGUUGCCGGUGUUUUGAAACCGGGGGAUCGCCCUGUGUUGAGAAACAAAUAAAUGGCGGAUGGGCUCAUCACCAUCACAACCUCAAUCAGGACUACGUCCAGAACGACACGAGGCGAGGUCCCAUACGAAACCACUCAUUUGCUUCUCGGGGCGUGUCAGGCAACGUCACUAAUAACGUGGCUGCUGGGACUCCAUGCCAAAUAUGUUCCGUCUACCCUGUUAGUGUCAGGUUGGCAAGGACCCUGGGCGGCAGGGUUUGGCAGGCUGAAGGUCGAUCUUCAUGGCUGUGGAAAACAAAGAGCCUUUGCCAACUCACACUCGGGAACACCAAGCUGAACACUUGGUCACGUCAGUCAAGUGGUGAAAAUCAGGCUGCAAUUUGCGAGCAUCGCGGAAAUGGAUUUAUCGAGGGCUUUGGCUUUGCCAGAGUCUGA